AUUGGUAGUAAAGUCAAGAUUUGUUUUUAAAAAAAUCGAAAUUUAUUGCUAAAAUAUAAAUUAAACCGUGAAAUACAAUGAAUAAUGUAUACCAAUUGCAAUAUAACGAAGAAAAAAAGUAUAUCGAAGAUAUAAUCGACGCAAGAAAGAAAAAUGGGGAAUAUAACAUACAUUCAAACCUAUCGAAAGGUCCAAAUGCUCAAGGAACAGCAAGAUACGCGUAUUCAACCCCGCGAGGGAUGUUGGACGAAAGGAAUUUCAUCCCAGACGAGACUAGAUUGAAUAUUGAAGGUGAUAUAACCGACAGGGAUAAUAAUUACAUCAGUAUUGGGCCUACGGACUCUGAAAUUACCGUCGUUCGAGUAAAAAGGGAAAGUUCUCAAUUAAAAGCGUUUGAAAAUAAUUGGGAUAUGCACGAUAAAGCGAUUCCGGGUGAUGGUAGGCAUUUGGGGGAGAGUCCUUCCUUGGUUAAUUUGGUUACAUUGGUAAAAUCAUCGAAACAAUGUUUACAUCCGACUAAAUCAAAGGAGCAAGUCGAAUAUUUAGUACCUCUAUCAUCUUGGGAACCUAAUCAGCGAAAUGAAAGCGUGGAUUUAUCGUUAUCUUCAAAAAUUUCAUCCAGCGAUGAGAGCGUUCAAAGCGGACGUCAGUUGAUAGGCGGUGUCGAUAAAGAAGGUAUUUACAUAGUUCCCGUGAAACGGCGACGUUUAAAUUUCGCUGGAAAAUUGUCGAUUUUCUUUCGACGAUACUUAAAAAAACCGAAAAGACCUCAAGAGUGAUGCAGUGAAUAUACGUUUUACACGUAGUUCUUAAUGUAGACGUUCAAAAAUGACAGAAAGCAGUCCAUCGGAAAUUCUUAGUGUAAUAAUACCAAGUAUUUUCCUCGUAUUUAUUUCGACAACUUUAUCGACAAUCUACAAUAGUGAAAAAUCUCCGAAAUGGAUUUUUCUGGAAUUUCUGAUCAUCGUUCUACCUCACAUUUUAAACGUAACCUUAUUCUUUCCUUUUAUAAAAGAAGUAUUGUUUUGUUGCGUAUUUUUAAGUUUGCUGGUUAUAAUUUUAGCUAGUGUAACUGAAGAGAAUAAGGCUGGUCAUAAAAAUAACAUCGAUAACGGUAACAAACCGUUUAUAACGAACGUCCGAUCCACAAUUAAUUUAAUUACCGUUAUAGCUAUUUUAGCUGUCGAUUUUAAGUUGUUCCCUAAACAGUUUAAAAAAACGUUUAAAUACGGGUAUAGUUUAAUGGAUGUGGGGGUUGGAUUAUUUGUUUUUGCGAAUGCAAUCGUUGCACCGGAAAUUAAAGGGUACACAAAUUCCUUAAAAAAAACUUUAAUUGAUGCUUUGCCAUUAAUUAUUUUAGGAGUAGGUCGGUAUAUUUCAACUACGUUAACCGAUUAUAGCGUUUCUGUUACUGAGUAUGGUAAACAUUGGAAUUUUUUUAUGACGUUAGCCGCGACGAGGAUUUUGAGUUCUUUAGUAUUGCAUUUUGUUAAGCCAAAAUUUAGUUUAGCAACUGGUAUCAUUAUUUUAUUUCUUCACGAGUUUAUUUUACAACACGGGGUAUCUGAUUACGUUUUUGGGGAUAAGCCGAGAGAUAAUUUUAUUGAUGCUAACCGUGAAGGUAUCGUUUCUUCGCUUGGAUUUGUUGGUUUAUACUUUUUGUCUUUAUUCAUGGGGAUUUUAUUAAACUUAAAAGAAAGUGAAAUCCGUUCGAAGACCGGGUUAUUCUUAAAAUUAUUCGUUUCCACAUUAUUGUUAUUUCUAAUAACGUUCGUUUUGGAGUGGAAAUUUUUUCUUUCACGGCGUUUAGCGAAUAGUGCUUAUUGUUUUUGGAUACUCAGUAUUGGGGUGAUGAUGACGGGUUUAUUUUAUUUAAACGAAAUUAUACAGGAAUUUUUUUAUAAGAAAUUUAAUUUCCGCAAAUUAGUUCAUGUUCCAUUUAUUUUCGAUAUAAUUAAUUAUAAUGGAUUGUUAUUUUUUCUUGUUGCCAAUUUAUUAACGGGAUUUGUUAAUAUGACCUUUGAAACGCUUGUUAUAAGUACGCGAAAUAGUUUUUUAAUUUUGGUCGUUUACAUGAUGGUUAAUUGUGUUGUUGUUUAUUAUCUUUAUAAAGUACAAGUUAAUUUAAAAGUUAUUAUUUAUAAGUUAAGUAGUAAAGAAAGUUUAAAAGGUACCAAAUCAAAUCUUGUUUAAAAUUUUUAAUAAAACCCUUUUACUAAAACUAAAUUAAACCAAAUAAAAACUUGUUCAGUGUUGAUUCGUUUUAAAAGGAUUGUUCAUUACUCUAAUAUCUUAAUAUUAACAAGGAUUUUAAUAAAUCAAUGUGCACUAAAGGGUUUUUUUAUUAUGGAAA